AUGUUUUAUUACGAAGAGAAUUUAAAUAAUUUAAAUACUUCACAUAAUUGUAUAUUAAAUUCACAAAAUUUCGAAAAUAUUCCUUCAAAUUAUUUUGUUGAUGAAAAUGAAGUUUUGGUUGAUUAUGCUUCUUUUGAAGGGUGUAAAAAAGAGGGUGAAGAAGUAGAAGAAGAAAUUAAUGGAGAAACAAGAACGACAAUAAUUAAUGAAGAAGAAAAAGAAGAAGUAAAUAAAAAUAUAAAUUUUGGAAUUAAAAAUAUAAAAAUUGUUGUAAGUUAUUUUAAAAUAAAUAGGUGUUUAUUUUUGUGA